GGUCACACCUGGGCUAACGUUUAUAGGAAUUUGUUGUUUUUUGUUUAAUCGUAUUUUGUUUAAAUUGGUCGGAGCGCACAAAGCGAUUUUAAGUGAAAUAUGAAUGUCUUAAUCCGAUCCACCUUCCUCCUGCUCACACUGGCUAUAUGCGGCAGCUGGGCCAUUCGGUGCUACCAGUGCUCCUCGGACCAGGAUCGCAAAGGAUAUGAUAGCUGCGGCGCCUACAAGCGAUUCAACAGCACGGAGCACAUCGCGAUCGAGUGCAACAGCGACGAGAGCCACAUGCCAGGAUCCUUCUGCAUGAAGGUGGUGCAGCAGGGACCCCGAGGAUUUAUCUGGGACGGUCGUUGGCGUCAGGUCAUCCGAAGAUGCUCAUCCGUUUCUGAAACCGGUGUUACUGGUGUGUGUAAUUGGGGCGUCUACGAGAACGGCGUUUACUGGGAAGAGUGCUACUGCUCCAGCGAUAGCUGUAAUGGCGCCAGCCUGACCCAAAUGCACGGAUCCCUGCAGCUACUGUUAGGCUUCCUGCUGAUCGGCGCUGCCUCCAGGAUCCUUAGAAGCUAAAAGGAGAACCAGGCUUACUCUCUCCACCGAAAACAGACAAAAAGUGCCUUUUCAAGCCUCUCUUUUUAUUAAUAUCUAAGCUGCGAAUGACUUUUUCAUUACAGAAACCGAUUCCGUCCACCUUUUCAUGUCUAAAAUUAAGUAAAAAGUUGUACGAUAAGUUAUGAACGGCAACAUUGCGGCAGGUCAAUAUGUAGACCUCAGAUUUUAACAAGUUUAAAUAAUAUAGAAGCAAAGUAGUCUGUGGUUUAUGAAAUUUUUUUUAAAAUGUAAAAAACGAAAGCUUUUAUCCGACA